CGCUCACAGCGCUCCACGUUCUCCGAAGCAGGGAAGCAUGGCCCUCACGCUGCAAAAAAUUACGUUCGCGGCAAUCGCCUUACUAGCACAGGGACUAGGAGUGCUUGCAAAGAGUCCCAGUUACCCGGAAGUUCGAAGCGAUCUGCAAAAGUAUCAGGAUGUCAGCAAGUGCUACCCGGAUGUAGGAGAAUGGAUCUGCAUGUUCAGAAACUAUUACGAAGAUCCUAAUUUCGGAGGUCAUUCCAAGUGCCUCCGUUAUAACAGAUUCGGCACCUACGAGAACUUUACGACAAAGAUGGUCUUCACUUUUGGGGAGCAUGGAACACAAAACACAACCGGGAAGUUCGUGCUGGAGUCAUCGCCUUGUUACACAGGGAAAAACAUACACAGCUUCACUCCCGAUAGUCCUGAUGUCCCUCUGGAGGAUUACUACGUAAUUUACGUAGAUUGCGAUAGUUGUAUUGUUAUUCGUCACCGCUAUGCUGAUAACGGCAACGGCUGCUCCUUGUGGCGACGCAGGGGCACGCUCGACGAGCCGAACGACUGCUGCGAGUUCAUCUACGACGAGAACUGCGGCUCAUCGCCCAAGUACCCAGUGUACGAGCAGUCGUGUGGGUUCUAGCCGCAAUGGCCUUCAAACAUCGUCACGGAACCUCUUUGCAACAAAUGCAAUUGUGCAAAAAAAAAAAAAAGAAAUAAAGCUCGCACACAGCA